AUGGAAUACCAAAAUCUUGAUGAACACGGAGUCCCACCAACACAAGAAUAUCAAGCCAAUCCACAUCAAAACGUCCCACAAUACAUACCGCAAUAUCAACCCCCUCCACAAUACCAACAACAAAAUACACAACAAUAUCAACAACCAUCAGUUUAUGUCCCAACCUAUCAACCGACUGCGUCUAAAGUGUCACAAGGUGAUAUGAACGACUCAUCGACAUCAAUACUGUACUUUGCACUGGGAUUCAUCUGUUUCUGCAUUUGGAUAGCGGGGUAUUGCAGAUUCAAAAAUUCGACCGACUCCUCCGCGAAAACGUUUGCGGUGUUGUCGCUUGUCUUCUUUAUCAUUUCACUACUUGUUUUGCUUGUGUGCAUGGGGUUUAUUAUCUUUUACUUCGUCAUCUUUAUCAUUCUGAUCAAUGGCGAUUGGGAUUAA